AUGCCAGGAAUCCACGUGCCGUCCACCAUCUUGCGACGGUCGCCAGGUAUUCCAGCAGCCUGCAAGGAUUCACCUUGUGUUCCUCUUAAAUCAGGAUUUCCACCCAGAGUGGACCGGGAUCACACAACCUCCCCCUUCGGUCCAGGACAGGGGGUAAUGGGGCACCUGCUUGAUGCAGAUGUGUGCAUAGCAUCCCUGGACUGGGAGAGCAGCCGCCUCUCCCAUCCGGUGCACACCAGGCUGCAUGCUCUCAGGUAUCACCAGGCCGCAUGCUCUCAGGUAUCACCAGGCCGCAUGCUCUCAGGUAUCACCAGGCUGCAUGCUCUCAGGUAUCACCAGGCUGCAUGCUCUCAGGUAUGUAG